AUUUACUAAGAUAUUGCGCAUUGACCAACUACUAGUUGGAUCGAUACGUGUUUUCAAAAUAUUUAUUCACUAGUAGUUGUUCCAGUGUAAAUGUCGAUAUACAAAUACAUAUAUUAAAAAAAUGUCUCAAGUUCGACAAAAUUUUCAUAGGGAUUGCGAAGACGGUAUUAAUAAGCAAAUUAAUACCGAAUUAUAUGCUAGUUAUGUGUAUAUGUCAAUGGCGUGUCAUUUCAACAGAGACGACGUGGCUUUACAAGGUUUCUAUAAAUAUUUCAAAGAGGCUUCAGAAGAAGAAAGGAGCCACGCUUAUCGCCUAAUGGAAUAUUUAAAUAAACGAGGCGGUAAAGUCGUUUUGAAUGAUGUUAAAGCACCCGAAAAACAAGAAUGGGGAUCGGCCGUCGAAGCCAUGACGGACGCUUUGAAUUUAGAAAAAGAAGUCAACGAGUGUUUAUUGAAUUUACAUAAUACCGGAUCCGGUCACAUGGAUAUAAAUCUGUGCGAUUUUUUGGAAACGCAUUAUUUGCAGGAACAAGUGGACGCUAUAAAAGAAAUUGGGGAUCACGUUACGAAUUUGAAGAGAGUCGGGGAAGGGUUAGGGGUGUAUAUGAUGGAUCAAAGAUUGGGGGAAGGAUCUACGCAGGAUUAAACGGGUUAUUUCGAUAUGUUUCGAUAGCGAUAUUAUAUUGAUUGAUUUGGAAAGAAA